GGCUCUUCCUCGCACUGACAAGCUCCACCACGUUUGAGUCCAACAUCAGCGAUCAGCAUGCGUCUCGAAAUCAUCGCUAUCGUCUUCGCGACUGUUGUCGCUGCGAAGCCGUGGCCGUGGGCUGCGCCGGCGGCUAGCCUUGUACCGACUGCAAAUGCGCAGCCGAACAAGACACAUCGAGGCAACAGGACGAAACAUCAUCACCACGAGCACACGCCAACGUUCAAAGAGCCGUGCAACUGCCCGCAGCCGAUCGUACCUAUGAAUCUACUUAGCGAGAACGAGAAAUGUUUAAUGAAGCAUGCAGCAGCCAUUGGAUGUUAUAUCGGAUCGAAGGGCGGAUGUCCAUCACCGGCACCGGCUUGCGGACUUGGCGUUACCAAAGCGAUUCCCUACACUCAUUGAAAAGGACUGCAUUGUAUCCGUGCUUCAAUUGUAAAGCUAUGGCGUAGUGGUGCUCCAGCUAUCAAAAUUUAUCCAAUCUGUGUUUCGCCAAUGA